AUGGAAGAGAAGAAAUCUUUAAUAUGCACAAUCUGUGAAAAUGGUGGAUGUCCGACAUAUGACGACUAUAUCUACCAUAGACAAAGUGGAACAUGUUACAAACCCUAUAUUUUAGCAAAAGUUGUACCUUAUGAAAGUAACGUCAACUUUUGCACAAGCAAAGGCGAACAACUUUUCCACCAUUACGACGAUGUAAGGCUGAAUCAGCUUUCACUUCAACUUAAUGCUUCUUCGGCCUAUUCCACUCAUCCUGGGGGAUUCUAUAUCGCCGGAAGUGACGACAGAGUAGAAGGAUUAUGGGAAUACGCAGACGGCAGUCUAGUAUUACAUUUUAUGUGGUACGGUAACCAACCGCAAAACAAAACCAGCGAAAACUUCAUGGCAAUAAAAUUUGACGACGAGCAGACCUUCAAAUUUGGAAUGUCCGAUGCAAAACGACAUUGGACAAAGGCUCCUAUUUGCCAGAAAUUUUAA